UCAACAUCUGCUUCCUCUUCAAGGGCCGCAACAAAAUUCAAUUUACCCAAUCUUGGAAUCAACAAUUCAACAUGGAUUGUGAUUCAUCACCCUUGGAUCUGCGAAGGACACUUCUAGAGUCCAACCAGGGCAUUGCAGAACCAACGAAUCAGGUCGGUGUACAAGAACCCAAAAUAGUACUGCAUGAUCCACUCGUCGCUGUUGAACCUAAAACCUCGUCACUUUCAAUACGCCCAGACAAUGUGUGCACCUCCGAAUAUGCUCCGCAGGCGACAGUAUCCAGACGACCUCGAGAAGAUGACGAAGCCUACGAUAAUACGUCUGGACAGGUUCAGAAACGAUUAAGAACAUCUACGCUCCCGACCAGGCCGAAAUCGCUCAAGGAAGCUACUGUUGAAUACUGGGUCGAUUUCAGUGUCUGGCCAACAGCAGAACAAGAGCAAGCAAUGGACCCUAUCGCUGCCUUCCGCCAUUGUCUCGCGACGCCCAGAUCUAUGGAAUCUUCAAAUUCCAGUCUCACUUCGCAAACUACAACUGGAUUAAAUACUAUAUUCUCUGAAGAAAGGUUCGAAAAGCACCUUGGCAAUAUCCGGGGUCAAACCGCGAUGAGGGUGUUUAGGGACAUCUCACUGCUUAUAGUUCCUUCUGCCGAAAUUUUGGCCGUCGAUGGCGAUAAACACCUUGAAUUUUUGAAAGAAACCAACUGUGAUGCUUGGAUUAAUUCAUAUCCUCUUCACGACCUACAACCACGACCAUGCUACGGGCUGGGAUUCGAGCCACGAGCAUUCACAAAGGAACAACGAGGAAAACUUGAGCCAUUCAUUGGAAAUUUGUUGGAAGAUUGGUCCCAUUUUGCUGCUACAUGCAAUAUGUACUUCCCAUUUCUUACCUGCGAAAUAAAAGGCCAAGAAGCUUCGCUCGACGUUGCUGAUCGGCAAAAUACACAUAGCCAAACCGUUGCCUUGAAAGGGUUAUUUCAGCUGUUCGAGAUGGUGGGUCGAGAAAAAGACCUUCAUCGAGAAGUGUGUGGGUUCUCAAUCUCUCACAAUGAUGAAGGCGUCAGGAUAUGGGGCCAUUACAUUGUCAUCAAUGACAGAACUCCCACAUUCUACCGAUGCUCAAUUGACCAAUUCAUCAUCAAUAAAGAUACUAGAUCUCUCGCAUACAAAUUCGUCCGGAAUAUCUACGAUAUAUGGGUUCCCGAUCAUUUCAAGAAGAUUUCCUCCGCUAUCGACAUGAUACCCGCGGAUAUAGGGCUUCGAAUUGCUGAAGCUGAAAGCCUAAUAUCGCGUUCAUCGCACGCGGGGGUGCCUCAACCCCAUGAAGUUGAUGAAUAUCAACGAACAGUUGAACAGCAUUGA